GUGCUGCCAUCUCCGAUCGAUCCGCCAUGGCUGUAUCUGUAUAAAUGCUUUCGUCAAGCAGCUAGUUGAGAUGCCACCCACGAAACAAGGAAGGAACCAUGGCUGCUCCCAAAGCUCUCAUCUGCGCCAUGAUCAUACUACUUGGAGUCGUCGGCUUCACCUGCCCUCGCGCCUCGGCAGGGCGUGUGCCAUCGGUCGCUCCGGUGCCGGUCCGUUGUGCAUCCACUGGCGAAUCGAACAUAGUAUCUGCAGGAACAGGGCUGAAUCGCUGCGGUAAGAGCUGCCGGCUGCGGUGGCUCAACUACCUCCGGCCGGGGAUCAAGAGAGGCAACAUCUCCAACGACGAAGAGGAGCUCAUCGUCAGGCUCCACGGGCUCCUAGGCAACAGGUGGUCGCUGAUCGCGGGGCGGCUGCCGGGGCGAACAGACAAUGAGAUCAAGAACUACUGGAACACCACCCUGAGCAAGAGGAUGCUGCAGUCCCACGGCGCCGGCUGCUCGAACCACCCGCAGGCCAAGCCGCCGCUGCCGCCGCAGGCCGGCGGCGAGGCGCAGGCCCCGCCCGAGGGCACGAGCAGCAGUCCGAUACGGACCAAGGCGCUGCGGUGCACCAACACGGUGCUGGCGGUAGCAGAGGGUUUCCACGAGCAGGGGCGUGCGGCGCCGGAGCACGUCGCCGAGGAGGAUCAGCUGGGGGACUGCCUGUCGAUCGGCUCGAUCGACCUUGAUCUGGAGGGCAUCGAGCUGGGCUUCAUGAUGAGCCCGUGGAGCGGCGCCGACGGCUUGGGCGGUCAGCAUUUCGGUGCACCGGGGACUGAGGCUGAUGAUCUGGAGGAGCUGCUCGGACUGGGAGGAGACGGCGACGGCCAUGGUGGCCUCGGGGACCUGGAGUUGGCGUGGCUUUGAUA